AAACAAGACAAAACAAUUGUUUGAAAAAUGUCAUUCCUUAGAUCAUUCUUCACAAAGAAAACUGAAAAGAAAGUUGAAAGCGGUGGCUAUGAUGAUUAUUCAGCAGACGAAUCCUAUGGAACUAGUUAUUCUAGUAGUAGUGGUGGAAAAAUUAUUAAAGCAGACCAUAAAUCACAAGCAGGAUAUGAUCAAGAACUAAUUGACCAUAGUGAAAAUAUUGUUGAUUUGGUUAUUGUAAUGGAUUGUACUGGAUCAAUGUCAGGUGAAAUUGAUGCUGCCAAGAAAACAGUGCAAACAAUUUUGUCUAGCUUGAAAGAUCACUUUAAAACAGAUUUGAGAUUCUCUGCCAUUAGUUACAGAGACCACUCUGAUGAUUAUGCAGUGAGAGAAUUCCCAUUUACUAAAGACAUUCAGAAAGCUAAAAGUUAUAUUGACACCAUGUCAGCUCAAGGUGGAGGUGACCAUCCAGAAGCUUUGGCAUCUGCGCUCAAGGUUGUCAAUGAAAUGCCAUUCAAUAAGAAGGGUAAAAAGAUUUGUAUUUGGAUUGCAGAUGCUCCACCUCAUGGAAUGAAUUCCAAUCAAGGUGCUGAUAGCUAUCCAGAAGGUUGUAAAGAUGAAAAUGGAAAGGUCAUCGAUUGGGUUAGAUUGGGAUCUGAUUUACAAGAAAAGAAUGUUUGCUUUUAUUCAUUGAUUUGUGAAAGAGCUCAAGGAGAUCAACAAUUAGCUCUAUUCAUGGAUUUCUUAGCAACCAAAACAGAUGGUAAAUGCAUGUUAUUGAAGAAUGCUAACAAACUUCCUAACUUGAUUAUCAAUGGUUCAAUUGAAAAUGAUGAAAUGGAUCAAUUGGUUGCCAAGAAAAUUGCAGAACUAGGUGAAGAAACUGUCAAACAUAUGAAAGAAGAAGAACUUGUUGAAAAGAUUCAACAACUUUCCAAAGAUGCCAAAAUUAAUCAAGUUCAAACAUUUGAAAUUUGUUCGACCAAUACCAAGGAAUUAUUGAAUUGUGAUUCACUUUCAAAGGUCAACAAGGCAUGGCUCAAUACUGGUACUAAUAAUAUUUCAAUGAAAGGAGCUGAAUCGGAGGAAUGUUUCGAAUAUGCUUCUCAAUGUUAUACUGCUCCAAAAUUGGAACACUACUCAAAAGCUUGUUCAAGAGCCAUGAAAUCCAAAAGAUAAAAAUUUUAUAAUGUAAAUACUAUUUAAUAAAUAAUGUAAAUAAAUUUUAAAUU